AACUGGAUGCGGCAGCGGCAUGUGGACGACAGACACACCGGAGACGUGUGCGGGUACUUCAUGUUGACCGGUCCGGGCACUCACUGGAGCGCAUGACCCGCCGUGAUGGCCGGGGGACGCAGAGGACUAGUGGCCCCACAAAACACUUUUCUGGAAAAUAUUGUCCGACGGUCUAACGUUUGGACAUUAUCACAUAGACACACAGACACAAACUUUGUGCUGGGGAAUGCCCAGAUAGUAGACUGGCCCAUCGUUUACAGUAAUGAUGGCUUUUGUAAGCUGUCCGGCUACCACCGUGCUGAGGUCAUGCAGAAAAGCAGCACUUGCAGCUUCAUGUAUGGAGAGCUCACAGAUAAGGACACGUCUGAAAAAGUUCGGCUGACUUUCGAGAACUAUGAGAUGAACUCAUUUGAGAUCUUGAUGUACAAGAAAAACCGAACGCCGGUAUGGUUUUUUGUGAAAAUAGCACCUAUACGAAACGAACAGGAGAAGGUUGUGCUCUUCCUGUGUACGUUUAGUGACAUCACAGCAUUCAAACAGCCAAUCGAAGAUGACUCCUCGAAAGGCUGGGGGAAGUUUGCUCGUCUGACCAGGGCUCUGACCAGCAGUAGGGGCGUCCUGCAGCAACUGCAGCCCACCGUACAUAAAGGAGAGAAUGUACAUAAGCACUCGCGCCUUGCAGAGGUUCUCCAGCUGGGCUCAGAUAUCCUCCCGCAGUACAAACAAGAGACGCCCAAGACCCCCCCUCACAUCAUCCUGCACUACUGUGCCUUUAAGACCACCUGGGACUGGGUCAUCCUCAUUCUCACCUUCUACACCGCAAUCAUGGUCCCCUACAAUGUCUCAUUCAAAACCAAGCAGAACAACGUCACCUGGCUAGUUGUGGACAGCAUUGUGGAUGUGAUCUUUCUGGUGGAUAUUGUACUAAAUUUCCACACAACGUUCGUGGGCCCAGCCGGGGAAGUGAUAUCAGACCCAAAACUAAUUCGCAUGAAUUACUUGAAAACCUGGUUUGUGAUUGACUUGUUGUCCUGCCUGCCUUAUGAUGUCAUCAAUGCCUUUGAGAACGUGGAUGAGAACUGGAAUCAUCGAGCUGUCACUCAAGGUAUAAGUAGUUUGUUUAGCUCUCUGAAGGUGGUUCGACUGUUGCGUCUGGGCCGGGUGGCUCGUAAACUAGAUCACUACAUUGAGUAUGGAGCUGCUGUUUUGGUUCUGCUGGUUUGCGUGUUUGGGUUGGCGGCCCAUUGGCUGGCCUGCAUCUGGUACAGCAUUGGAGACUAUGAGGUCAUUGACGAGGAUCGUAACACAGUACGUACGGACAGUUGGCUUUAUAUGCUGGGUGAGACCAUUGGGACACCCUACCGCUUCAACGCCAGUGGGACAGGAAGAUGGGAAGGUGGACCUACAAAAGAUUCUGUCUACAUCACAUCUCUGUACUUCACCAUGACCAGCCUGACCAGUAUUGGCUUUGGAAAUAUCGCUCCAACCACAGAUGGGGAGAAGAUCUUUGCCGUGGCCAUGAUGAUGAUUGGAUCUCUCCUCUAUGCCACCAUCUUCGGUAAUGUGACGACUAUCUUCCAGCAGAUGUAUGCCAACACUAACCGCUAUCACGAGAUGCUUAACAGUGUGCGGGACUUCCUCAAGCUGUACCAGGUUCCCAAAGGCCUGAGCGAGAGGGUUAUGGAUUACAUCGCCUCCACCUGGUCCAUGUCCCACGGUAUUGACACUGAAAAGGUUUUGCAGAUCUGUCCCAAAGACAUGCGUGCGGAUAUAUGCGUGCACCUGAACAGGAAGGUUUUUAAGGAACAUCCUGCUUUCCGUUUGGCCAGUGACGGCUGUUUGCGGGCCCUGGCCAUGGAGUUCCAGACCAUCCACUGUGCUCCAGGUGAUCUAAUCUACCAUGCGGGCGAGAGUGUGGACAGCCUAUGUUUUGUGGUGUCAGGGUCACUGGAGGUCAUCCAAGACGACGAGGUUGUCGCCAUUCUGGGUAAAGGUGAUGUGUUUGGGGACGUGUUCUGGAAGGAGGUGACGCUAGCUCAGGCGUGCGCUAAUGUGAGAGCGCUAACAUACUGUGACCUGCACGUGAUCAAACGGGAUGCGCUUCAGAAAGUCCUAGAGUUCUACACCGCCUUUUCCAACCACUUCUCACGAAACCUCCUGCUUACGUACAACCUGCGCAAACGGCUUGUGUUCAGAAAGAUCAGUGAUGUGAAACGCGAGGAAGAGGAGAGGCAGAGGAGGAAGAACGAGGCCCCACUGAAUCUUCCCCCCGAUCAUCCUGUCCGCCGUCUGUUCCAGCGUUUCCGCCAGCAGAAGGAAGCACGUCUUGCCGCUGUGCGGCCCAAUUCCGAUGACUCUGAUCUCGAGAAGGGCCAAAUCCACAAUGAAGUCAUCAGCCAAGAUGUGGUCGCCACCACAAGCAUCGUCACAGUAACGGAGAGCCCAGCCACGCCUAUCCCAUCCCACCCGAACAAAACCCGCACCCUAGGUCCAUUCGACCAGGCCAAGCUCAGCGCCCCUACCCCAAACAUCCCUCGGACAUCAGAGCCACGCGCACGAGGGUGGGCCAGGUUUAGGGAGAGCAUGGCGAAGCCAGAGAGCUGGGGAAACGUUCCUAAAGCAGAAUCAAUGGAGACUCUCCCAGAGCGGAGCAGUUCCGGAAAGACUUCCGAGCCCAGUGGACUGAAGAAGACCGACUCCUGCGACAGCGGCAUCACCAAAAGCGACCUACGGCUGGACGAGGGUGGCGCCCGCACCCCUGUAGACCGAAGCCCAAUCCAGCCCGACGGAAAAACUCCCCCAAUCCCACCUAUCCCACCUAUUCCCGAACACACGCUGCACGCCUCACUCCUGGAACUCCGCACUGAACUUAAAGAGGAGCUGUCGGUGCUAGGUAACAGAAUGGUUGCCUUGGAGACACAGGUCGCUGAGGUGUUAAGGUUGCUAAGGAGCAGAAAGUCUCCGACCUCUCCCAUGUCACUCUUCCAGAUCUCACGACCGACAUCGCCAGACAUGGACAAAGAGGACAUAUUUCCUUGAGGAAAAUGAGAGAGGUAAGCAUCUUACUUCUUGAAAGGGAAAUGAUUCAGAGAUUUUCUCUGAGAAAAGAAUUUAAAAAAAGGAACUACUUCUGACAUCUGUGCCAGCAAAAAGCAUGACAGACACUCUGAGAGUGAGUGUGUGUGUGAGAGAGAGAGAAUGAGUGAGGGAAAGGAUGAAAUGAGACACUGGAAAGGAGAAGAGGAUGUCCUAUCCCAAGGCAGAGCAUCUGCGAUACCAAAGCGAUGGUGUGUUAUUUGUCACACAGACACUCUUUGUGUCGAACUGCUCCCUGUUUUAGUCUUGUGAGGCUGACAGACAGCGAGAGCUCUUGCCGCAGGGCCCACUCCGACUGAUGGUUGUCAUGGUAAUGCACAGUCCCCAACUGCAAGUGCGGGCCCUUCAAGAUACGACUCAUGUAGCCUGUCUUCCCCUCUCUCUUUCACGCUCUCACAUACACACCGCUGUUCAUGCUCUGCAGUCUUUCUGGUAUAGAGAUGCAUUCUGCAUCAUCCCGUUGGUUAUCUCACUACCGAACACAUGCCAUUAUCAGGAAUCACAGAACUAAGCGUCUUGCCCAAAUAUGUGGUGGUGUGGAUAUGAGCUGCUAGCCGAAAGAUUGAAGAAGCAGAGAGCAUCCCAGGAACCAUGGAAACCCCAGCCAAAUGUGUUUGUACAAUGACAAAUCAACUACUAUCCCAUGAGUUGUAUAUGUUACUGGAGAAACUAAUGAGCUCUUCAGGGGUUUUGAAGUGUAACAGCUGUUGAGGCCCUUUCCAUGACUUGCGUCAAUGCACAUCUCAACAAAAUAUCAAAUAAAUCUGUGGUAUAAUGGUAUAAUGUUUAGGGAUGCACAAUAUAUCGGUACCAUAUUGGUCACUGGUUAAUAUUACAGAUUUUUUUUUUUUUACAGCUUUAUUUGUUAAAUAUCAGGCAAUAUUGGAUAUUUAAAUUGUACAGUACAUACUGUAUACACUUCCCAUAUUUUGUUUGCAUUACAUUUGCCAUCAUCUAACGCUCACUUGAAUUUAGUCUUUAACUAACUUAAUUUAACAAGACUGUUAAUUUUAAUCUGUAGCAAAUUUUUUAAAUGAAUAUCCAAUUUCAUAGUGUACAUUAUAAUGUUGUGAUGCCUAAAUUCACUUUUAGCAUUAAAGUUAUUUUAGAUUUUAAUGUUUUAUUUUUAAUGUAUACAAAAAAAACUAUAGAAAUGUAAUAUCGGCCAUUUUUAGUUAUCAUUCAUAACAUAAAUAUUAAAGGGUUAGUUCACCCAAAAAUGAAAAUUCUGUCAUUAAUUACUCACCCUCUUGUCGUUCCAAACCUGGAAGACUUUCAUUCAUCUUCGGAAGACCAAUGAAAAUGUUUUUAACGAAAUCAGAAAGAUUUCUGUUUCUCCAUUGACAGCUACGCAACUACCACUUUCAAGCCCCAGGAAUUUAGUAAAGACAUCAUAAAAGUAAUCCAUGUGACUCCAGUGGUUUAACCUUAAUUUUAUUAAGCGAUACAAAUGCUUUGUUUGCGCAAAAAAAAAAAAAAACAUAACUUAUCACUUUAUUUACAAAAUAUUAAUCUCCAACGCGUGUUCAUGAGAGCACGAGCAUGUGUGUUGUUGAUGCGAGAGCAGAUGUUGUUGCGUGAAUGCACAUCGGAGGUUAAUAUUUUGUAAAUAAAAUGGUAAAAUUAUGUUUUUUUUUGCACAAAGCACUAGCACUGCUUCAUAAAAUCAUGGUUAAACCACUGGAGUCACAUGGAUUACUUUAAUGAUGUCUUUACCUUUUUGGGGCUUGAAAGUGGUUGUGCAGGCUGUCAAUAAAAGGACAUAAAGCUCUCAGAUUUCAUUAAAAAGAUCUUCAUUUGUGUUCAGAAGAUGAACGAAAGUCUUACUGGUUUGGAGCGACAUGAGGGUGAACAAUUAUCAGCUUAUAAAUGGUUUAUUCCACAAGUGGUCCUUGUCCUUCCCCUUAUACGGUCAAUGGAUAUUUCUUUGACGGUGAGUGAAAUAUUUUAACUUUGAGUGUUUUAUGUGGCCUGCACAGUGUGUCGGUCAGAGGUAAUGCUGUAGCAUGAUGUUCAAUGCAGUUGUAGAUGUUGAUGGAAGUCAUGUGAAAGGAUCUUCACGUCCUCUGGUCUACAAUAGGCAUUAUAUCAAUAGGUUCAUUAUUGACUUGCUGGAUUGCAGUGGCCAAGUUUUAUAAAAUAACACUGAAAGAACUAGUGAAACAAAAGAAUGUAUGUGGUUUCUUUAUCAAUGAUUGGGUCUUCCAGAAAGCACACAAACAUAUUAAACCACGAGCACACUAUUAUUAUUCCGAUCUGUUGUGCACUGUAGCUUUGUUUUCCAAAAUGAAAUGAUGGAUGUAAUCAAUACACAAUAUUUCAGUCACAACACCACAGUAUAUCAUAACACAGUUAUGAGAAACUUGCAGCAUUACAGCAAACAUUAAAACACAAAGAAUCUCAGGAACGAAGGGGGGUGAUGGUCUGAGAGCUCAUUCUGACCCCCUUCCUGGAUGUUUUUACAUACUCAUUACCGCAAAUGUGGCAUUAUCUUCUCACCAGCCUUGUUAUUAUGUCUGAUGUUCUUUAAACAAAUGUUUAACUUUUCAUUGGUCAGCAGGGGUGACUGGGGCUGCUUGUCAAAAGCCUAAAAUAGGCUUUUUAAUAGCAGGUUCCCACUGUGAGAACUGAACAGCAUGGUCAAUGAACUGAAUCUUCUUUUUUUUUUUUUUCCUAGACAAUAUUGGUGAAACUGUCCAAAUGUUUUUUUGUAGCCAAGACUUUAAGGUAUGUGUCUAUAGAGAAAAUGCCUUGUAAAAAAAAUAAAUUAAAUGAAACAACCUUGAGAAAUAUUCACUGGAGUUGUGACAGCUAGUCCCAGUCUCCCCUAUUAUUAUAUUAAAUAAAGCUACUAGUGCAAAUUAAGAGUUAAUCCAUUAAUCACAUGGCUAAGGUAUAAAUAGCUGUUUAUUUUGCGCUCUGUUUCAGCGUCCCUCCCCUCAUAUCAACGCUACCUUGAUUUCCAUAAUGAGGUCCAGGGGGAACACAGAGAUCGAGUCUCAUGCAUUACCCCUCUUUUCUGAACACCACCACCAAACCUGAUCUGUCAUAGAACAUAUGAACUUGUAUUUAUUCUGAGAUGAUGCUUAACCAUUCAGGUUUUCUCAUUUGUAUCUCAGAAAGAGAGUGCCUGACCAUACAAACUCUGAUAAACAUGUUGUGUGUGUUGAGAAUCGUGGUAAUGAACAUACUGUGUGCGUCAGAUGAGCGGUUAAGGGACAUGUUAGCAUGCUGUGAGAUGUUCUCAGGUUAGAGAGGUCAUUAUCAGGUCCACGGGAGAUGUACUGAGGUCAGUAUCACCUGCUUCUACACUACCUGAGAGCAGAGAGAGAGAGAAAUGUGACUCGGAAGAAUGACACAAAACCAAAAAGCUACCAAGGUCAUAUCAAACAUUACAUCAGAAAUUAAAAAAAGAUUUUGUUGGAGAAAGAAAGACAAGAAGCUUCAAACGUCAUGUUUAUCCUACAUGAAGAUUUAUUUAUGUUACAAAAAAGGUACAUUUUGUACAGUCUGAAAAUGUUGUAUGGCAAAAAAUCCUAGUUUCUUUAAAUAUAUAUAUAUAUAUAUAUAUAUAUAUAUAUUUUGCCCUUAAGAGACGAUUAUCUCAUUCUAUCAGCAGGACACCAGAGGAACAAUAUUAAAUGGCAAAAUUCCCAUUAAGGUUAUUUUAUGCUUCAGAGCUUGUUUUACAAUAAUGAUAUCUUAAUUAGCUUUAAUAUUAUGGGUCAUUUGCUUAGACACCAAAUACUGAGUAGAAAUUGGAUAAGGUUUAGCGUUUGUAUCCGGCAGCCCAGAACUGAUUUUAAAUAAGACAUAUGAAUGUUACAGUAAUAUUAAUAACAAUACUGACAUGCAAAUCCAUGUAAACUGGAAUGUAAAACAUCAGCCUGAGCUGAUUCUGAAGCAAUAAUCAUUGCUGCUGUAUUUCACACAGAUUACUCCUGUCACGCUUCUCCAGCCCAGAUAUAACAUUUAACCUGAACCACAUGAUGUAACCAACGUAAUAUAAGAAACAAAUUGCAGCCCUGAUGUCACUGCAUGCCUGUGUAGCACAGCAAUAAGAGUUUUAAUAUUCAGAGAAUGCACUUUUUCCAUUGUAAGAGAAUGAGAUUGAGGAUUGUACAGAGUUAUUUCGUUUAGGCAGAGACACGCAGCCUUUAGAUGCAUGGUUUACUUUACUUACAGAGAUUCGUUACCAUCUGAUCGUGACUGAUUUGAUCAAAUACAACAACAGCAUGGCUUGAUUUGCACCUAAAAUUAGGCUAAGACAUGCAUGGUAAAUACAAAGGAAAACUCUACUGCAGGAGUAUUUAAUCUCUUGCCUCUUACCCCAUAGAGCUAAUGGAUUCAGUCUUUGUAGCAGACCUGUCUGACUCUUGGCAAGUGAGUCCAAAUUUGCAUUUAGUAAGAAGAAAUGAAUCUCGCAUUAGGCAGUUUGAAUACCCUGGAACCAAAUAUCUUGUCUCGACAAAACAGGCCACUACAUCUUUAGAGACCAGUCCAUGAUAAAGAAACUUUUUCUAUGGUCAGGUUUCUUUCACAGAAGCCUAAAUGAGUAAAUGUCAUUUUUAUCCCAAAAUCAAAAAAAAAAAUUAUAUUUUGUAUAAAGUAAAUUUUUAGGACCAUUUUAUCAUGAUAUUAAAUUAAAAAUAACUAUAAUUGAUUAAAUAUAAAAUCUUACAAUUAAUUUAAAAUAUUAAUAUUAAAUGUAAUUAAUUUAGUACAAAGAAUACUACCAUAAGUAAUUUAUCAUUUACAUAAAAUAUUUUUCUUGCAUUACAGUAUUGAGAAUUGAACAUGAAAUGAUUAAUGUAAAACUAUAAAAACAUAAAAAUUAAAAUCUUAACAUGUAUUUAUUCAUGCAAAAUAUAAUUUCUUAUUUUUUCCUUUUGAAUUUGGGGUUAAAUAUGAACUGAACAUUUACCAUUCUUGACCGAUUUUGUGAGAAUCAACCAAACAUGCUAUUGUACACACAGUAUAUUAGUUUGUGUGUUGCUGCAUGUACAUAAAUAUGUUUGAACAGAAACUUGACAUGUACGGUACAAUAUUUUGGGGAACAAUGAGUAUUUUUUAACACUGAAGCUGGAGCUGUGCUGUUCUAUCAAACUGCAGGGUUUGUAAGAACAAACAUGUCUGUCCGCUCACAUAGGUCCUUCUAAGGGUCGUUCUUUUAAAAACAGCCCUAAUUAAGAACUUAUUUCAGAUGUAUUCAGCAGACAGCAUGGUCAUUAUUCACUGACUGAAACAUCCUCACUGAAAUCAUUUCUUCACAUGAAAAUUACUACUACUGUAAAGCACAAAGACAAAAUUUGUAAAAUUGCUGUAAAAUAUUAUUUAUGACAAUAAAAUAUUUUAUAUAUGUA